AUGUCAACAGCACUUCCAAGGCCAUCUCGGCCCUCAAAUGGCCCGCCGACUAUCGCGCUCCCAGCGCUCCCUGUGAACAAGACAAGGAAAAGCAGCAGUGGUUUGGGCAGCAAAUCCACGCCUGCGACUCCUAAGAGUGGUCUUCGCGCGCCCUCAACGGGCCUGCUCCCUGCUGCAACACCAAUUCCUGCAGCAUCGCUCCCCCAGUCCAGAUCAGUUUCAAGCGUCCAUGCCGUCAAUUCCCCGGGGAGGACGAUAAGGAAAACCGUCAGCAUCAAUUCAUUCCCGCAACCUCCACGGGGGGAUGGUCGAGUUAUCAGUCUCCCGCCAAGUCCUCUAUCCACAAGUGCCCCUUCACGGAAGUUGAGGACACCGACUACACCCACUUACCAACUAUCGGUUGGCACCCCAAGCUUUCUCAAUGGCACAGCAGAGGGCAAGUCAAUAUCACGACCAACCACCACGAGAAAUUCGGAUGGCCUCAUCAGCGUGACAUCUCCACCACAGAGUCGCAGCUCCUCUGCGCAGGACUCCUACUCAACUUCAGCAACCCAGUAUGACGACGUGAAUGACUCCGCGCCGCUACAGUCCGAUGUCGCCGUGAGCGGAAAGCGCUUGUCAAAGACAGACGGCAAGGGGAAUGUCAUUGUGAGCGUCCGAGUGCGCCCAGAUGCCGGCGGGAAUGACAAUAAGGCGGAUGGGGAAUGGUUGGUCGAUGGGAGGAAAUCAUUGAUUGCGUACCGGGGCAAAGAAGGGGGAGAUUAUUUUUACGAUAACGUCUUUACGACCCAUGACGACAACGCUAGAGUCUACGACCAUAUCGCCAAGCGGCUGGUACGAAGAGUGAUGGAAGGCUACCACGGAACCGUGUUUGCCUACGGCAUGACUGGCACAGGAAAGACAUUCUCGAUGCAGGGCACGGCCUCCUCUCCCGGUGUGAUACCCCUCGCAAUCACCGACAUUUUCUCCUACAUCCGCGAAACGCCAUCCAGGGAAUUCCUACUCCGCGUCAGCUAUUUGGAGAUUUACAACGAGAAAAUCCACGAUUUGCUGAGUAUGGCCUCAAGCAAUGGAAAUCAGCAACAGGAGGAGAUCAAGUUGCGGGAGGACAGCAAACGGGGAGUCUAUGCGAGUCCCCUGAAGGAAGAGAUUGUCCAGAGCCCGACCCAACUGCUCCGUGUGAUUGCCCGCGGCGACCAGGCCCGUCGGACGGCGAGCACCCAGUUCAAUGCCAGGAGUUCACGGAGUCAUGCCGUUGUGCAGAUUGUGGUGGAGAGCAGGGAGCGCGUUCCGGGAGGUUCUGGAGAUAGCAAACGACAGGGUCUUCCACCCGGCGGUGUCCGAGUCUCAACGCUCAGCCUUAUUGACUUGGCUGGUUCGGAAAAGGCGGCAGAAUCGAAAGAACGGCGACAGGAAGGCUCCCAUAUCAACAAGAGCUUGCUCACCCUUGGAACGGUCAUUGCGAAACUUUCCGAGCAUAAGGACAAGGAUGGAAAGCCGGCUGACAAGGACGGCAAGCACCUGCCGUACCGAGACAGCAAGCUCACCAGGUUGCUGCAAGGAGCUCUGUCAGGCAAUUCGCUUGUCAGCAUUCUCUGCACCAUCUCAGUUGGCUCCGCGGGGAGCGCUGGCUCUUCCAUCACGCACACAAACGAGACUCUCAACACGCUCAAGUUCGCCUCCCGAGCGAAGAACAAUAUCGUCAGCCAUGCCAAGCGUGCCGAGGAAGCCCUGGGUGCGGGCGGCGAUGGUGGUGCCAGAGUCCUGCUGGAGCGCUACCGGAUGGAGAUCAUGGAGCUGCGCAAGGAACUGGAGGCCCAGACGAAAGCCAACAAUAAGAAGGAGGCUGACGAGGAGAAGGAGCGAGAUGCCGAGGAAGAGCGUGCUCGAGAGAAGGAAGCCGAGAUGCGCCACGAAGAACAGAUGCUGGAAAUGCAACUUGCCCGGACCGCUCUCAAGGAGAGGAUAGACCACCUCAACAGGCUCAUCCUGAGCUCAAAGUCGAUAGGAGUAAACGCGAGUGGGUCCUUCAGCGCCCUCGGCAUUCACCCUCGCUACUCGCAAGGGUCCAUCCGGUCCUCGAUGGCUACCUCCGUUAACGGAGGAAAGUUCAGUCUCGAGAGAACAGCAUCCCUGACCUCGAGCAACUCAACAAUCGGCCGCAAGUCGGCCAGCCAUCAUUCAACGGGAGGCGGGGAGCCACCCGCGGCAGAGGACGAAGACAGCGUGGGCGAGUACGGAGACGGGACGGCGUCGCUCGCCGCCCAGAACCGUGCGCUCCAGGCGGAUCUCGCUGACAAGAACCGAUACAUUCAAACCCUUGAGAAGCGGCUCCUCCAAGCUCGCCGCGCGAGCUCAUCUCGCACCUCGGUCGGCCUGUCGGCAGGCAAGGGGAUCAUGGUCGGCGAAGACCACAGCGUCUCGGCUCUAAUCAAGGAGAAGGACGCCGAAAUCGCGGAGCUCCGCGCCCGUCUCGACGACAAGGACCGUAUGCUCGCGGCGUUGCGCAGCGCCGCAAGGUCGCGAGACCAUGCCGACCGGGUCGAGUCGCGGUCCGAAGUCCGCAUGUCGGUGUCGUCGCAGAUCCUCGACAGCAACCCCGGUCCGGCGCCGACCGGCAGCCCGCCCGUGGCGCCCCCUUCUCUGCUACGGCAGGUCUCGCAUCUCCGGAAGCGGACCAAGAGCGUCGAUGAGAUGAGCAGGAUGCUCGACGAGAUGAUUCAUGAGCGUGUCGAGAGCGGCCAGAUCAUCCGCGGAAAUCGCGGGAGUGUCAGGGUCGCCCCUGAACAGCGGAAGAUCUCGUCGCCUAUUCUGUCACCGGCUGGGCCGCCUCCCCCUGGCCCUCCGGCUGGACCGCCGAUCCAGCUCCAGCUUCUGAGCCGGCACAGGACGUCGUUUGUCUCUGACCAGCAGAAAUCGCUGGCGUUGGAAGUCUGA